CAAGUAAAUGGCAUCUCCCUGCCAUUAUUAGAUAACAUGCCAGAAAAGGUGGACAUCAUUUCAGAAAAGGAUACAGAACUAUCAGCUAUAGUGCAGCAGCUAUGGGAUUCGGAUAUCAGCAGACUGAAGCCAGGAAGGGACUACAAGGUCUCAUUCCAGGGAAAUUCUGCAUCUACUGACCACAACAUUAUUACAAAUGGCACACCAUUGUUCAAGUAUGUGGAUGAAAAUGUUUUCAGGAAAGAAACAUUCUCCGCAUUUAUAUCAUUACUUGAUAACUACAUAAGUGACACAGGAGAACCAGAAGUUGUAACACCAGAAGAGGAAGCAGAAAACUAUAAUUUCUUAGCUGCAGUUAUGAAGACUUCUGUGAUGAUGCUCUCCCAUAAAUAUCUAGUUGGUAAAAAUCUAUCCCCAGCUGAUACUACAGACUUCAAAAAACAACUGUAUGACAUCUGGUUCAAGCUAUACGCAAGGAAAGGCUCUAGUAGGCCAGACUCUUCAGGAUUUGAACACGUUUUUGUUGGUGAAACACGAGGAGCCCACACAGUUAUUGGAUUCCAUAACUGGAUCCAGUUGUACCUGCAGGAAAAGCUAGGCAACGUGAUCUACAAAAGUAUCAAUCAAUCAUCAAACUCCCAAAAGCCUGAUGAAAAUAAACAUAUUGUCACCCUGCAAUUCAGCUGGAAGAAUGGAAUCAAAUCCAAAGGAAGCUGCUUUAUUGGAGUCAGCCCAGAAUUUGAGUUUGCACUGUAUACCAUCUGUUUUCUAACAUCACCCAACAAAAGUGUUAGACUGUGUUUUAGUGGGUAUGACAUUCAGAUUGUAUGUCACCAUCAUAACCAAAAGCACAUAGGAACUACUUACCCAAUUCUGUUGAAAUAUUUAUGAUUUUUUUUUCAAAUAACACUGGUU